AUGUUCGGGAUUCUUUCAAAGAUGUGUACUUUGAUUAAAAAAUCAGGUCCACAAACCAUUCGCCAGCUAUCGACAGUAAACUUCGAUAUCCAACAGAACAGACCGCAAACCCCAAGACCAAUUGGAUUUUCCAGAGCCAGAUAUGGAGGAAGAAAUGCAGUCACUAUGUUACCGGGUGGAGGCAUUGGGCCAGAGCUGAUGAGUUAUGUAAAAAGAGUAUUUUUUGAAACUGGCAUGCCAGUUGAUUUCGAAACAGUUCGGAUCGAUCCAAAAAGUGAUAAUAAUGAUGAUCUGGACUACGCCAUUAUGUCUAUUCGUAGAAACGGUGUAUGCAUUAAAGGCAACAUUGAAACAGAAAGUCAAUCACAAGCUAUAAUUUCACGUAAUGUUGCCAUACGUAACGAACUCGAUUUAUUUGUGAAUGCCGUACAUGUGCAGUCAUACAAUAACGUACCAAGUCACCACAAGAACGUAAAUAUUAUAGUUGUACGUCAAAACACUGAAGGUGAAUACGCAAUGUUGGAACACGAAAGUGUACCCGGCGUGGUCGAAUCUUUGAAAGUUAUUACUAGAGAUAAUUCUACAAGGUUGGCUCGUUACGCGUUUGAAUUAGCAAAAAAAAAUGGUCGCAGUAAAGUCACGGCAAUCCACAAAGCUAACAUUAUGAAAUUAUCAGAUGGAUUAUUUUUGGAAACUUGCAUAAAUAUGUCAUCGAAUUAUCCAGAUAUCGAUUUUGAUCAUAUGAUUAUUGACAACUGUUGCAUGCAGUUAGUGUCCGAUCCUCAUCAAUUUGAUGUGAUGGUUAUGCCUAAUUUGUACGGUUCAAUUGUGUCAAAUGUAAUAUGCGGCCUAGUUGGAGGUGCGGGAAUGAUGUCGGGAAAAAACUAUGGUGAUCAUUAUGCAGUUUUUGAGCCAGGUACCAGAAACACUGGUUCGAGUAUUGCAGGUACUAACACAGCUAAUCCAGUAGCGAUGUUAAAUGCGUCUGCCGACAUGUUAGAACACUUGGGUCACCAAGUGCAUUGUAAUAACCUCAGGACUGCUAUAUGUAAGACACUCAAUGAAGACAUGUUACAUACAGCUGAUUUAAAUGGUACCGCAAAAAGUUCUGAUGUGGUACAAAAUAUCAUUAAACAUAUAAAAACAAUUACGGGCACAAUCUAA